AUGGACAAUGUCCUGCCGGUUUUCCGUUGUUGGUUGCAUCAGUGCUUUCUCAAUUAUCUUGACUGGCCAGAAAUACAAGAUUUCUUCCUUAUCACUCUUCUCUGCGGUCCUGAAUUUAUCAUUUACUUUGCUGUAGCAAUAAUGUCGCAGUUAUCCUCACUUUUGCGAAGUUCCCUUCAAUCUCAAACCCAUCUUGUUACCACUUUGGAAAAAUCGAUUAAUAACUUUCGGAUGGUAGAACACUUAGGAUUUCUGGAAUCUUUAGCCUCGAGAUAUAAGGAGCCAGUAUCCGGUGAAUUGUCAUCUGCAUCAUUUGUGGGGUGA